UUCAUCUUCAACGUGCUCCGGCUGGCGUUGGAAGUAGUUCCGGUGGCUCAGCAGCGGAGCGGAGCGCUCAGAGCCGGAGCUUCGUGCUGGUGAUGAGCUCAGUCAACGCGAGCAGCGGCUCGAGUCCGCCCGUCAUGACAGUCGAGUGACCGGGGCAGCGGUCAGUGUGACGCCCGCACAGCUCCGCUCCGUGCCCGCUGCUCGACCCACAGCGUCCGGACACCCGCUCCAGCUUUUUUUUUUUUUGUCUUCGAGGGGGGAAUUUUUUUUCUUCCGUGCAGGACAAGGCGUCUGGAGCUUUUCUGGAGCAGCGUGCCGACACAAACCCAAGAAUUGAGCCGGUUCGUGUUCACCUACGACGCAGCGGCCAUUGCGGUGGCUCAAUGAAGAACUUGUGAACAUGCACGAGGCAAAGACUCUACCUUUCACUUCUGUGACUUGCCCAGAUGCUUUGGCCCAAAGAAAGAUGGAAAGGAAUGGGAAAAACUUGAGCCAAGGCUGCUGCACAGCACCCAUUCAGUGAGCCAAAAGUAGAUCCUGCACACGCCACGUUGCUGAGCCUUUCACCCGUCGUCCUUUUGACCUCCCCACCCCCACGACCUACAAACACCAUGACCUCUGAGCUGGAGAGCAGCCUGACCUCAAUGGACUGGCUACCCCAGCUGAGCAUGAGGGCAGCCAUCCAGAAGGCGGACACAGGUCACCACCACAGCCACCAUCACGGACACCACCACCACCACGGUCACCAUCACGGGCAAGGGCCUGGCAAAAAAAUCGUUCAUCUGGACCCAGGGACGACGCUGGACCAGGAGGAAGCUGCACAGCACAGAGACGGCAAACCGCCCUACAGCUACGCCAGUCUCAUCACGUUUGCCAUCAAUGGCUCGCCGCGCAAACGGAUGACCCUCAGUGAGAUCUAUCAAUGGAUCUGUGACAACUUCCCCUACUACCGAGAGGCGGGCAGCGGCUGGAAGAAUUCUAUACGACACAACCUGUCCUUGAACAAGUGUUUUCUCAAAGUGCCUCGCUCCAAAGACGACCCUGGAAAAGGUUCCUACUGGGCCAUAGAUACCAACCCUAAAGAAGACACAGUUCCCAGCAGGCCAAAGAAAAGACCACGAUCUGGGGAAAGGGCAUCUACUCCUUACAGCCUGGAGUCGGAGUCUCUGAGGAUGGACUGCAUCAUGUCAGGAGGGGCGUCUCCCACUCUGGCCAUCAAUGCUGUAACUAACAAGGUAGCACUGUACAACCCUGAGGCAGAAGACAGCGAGAGCCCUGGGAGUCUGGGUGGCAGCCUGAGCAACAGUCUCUCAGAGCAGAGUUUGGCGUCCGUCAACCUUAACAACCUGAACACAGCCGUCAGCAGCGGCGGCAGCAGCGUACACAGCUACACACCAGUGAGUUCCCACUCGGAGCCUUCAUCCCAGUCUCUGAGCCUCCAGCCGCCCACCCAGCCACCGCCACCUCCCCCUCCUCCCCCACAGCCCCAGUACGGCCUGCCCGUCCCAGAGACGCGAGACAAGCCGCUCUGCUUCUCGGACUUCGAGGACCUCAGCGCUUCGUUCCGCAGUCUUUACAAGUGCGUCUUCGAGCAGUCCUUCUCACAGCAAGGUUUGAUGGGAAUGCCCGGGGACUCCAGCCAGCAGGCCCGGACCGCCUGCUCUUACCAGCACUCCCCCGGCGCGGGAAGCAGCGGUGGUCACCACCACCAAAACAACCACGGCCAAGCGUUGCACCACCCCCACCACCCUCACCACCCUCAGCAGCACCUCUCCCCUCACUCCACCCACGGCCAGCACCAGGCACACAGUCCACACGGGCAGCACCAACAGCACCCUGCACAUUCCCUGCAGCACCCAUCUCUCUCCCACCAGAGCCACACUGGACAGACCUGCCCCACAACAGACUGGUAUCCCAACCUGGACUGGCUGAAGGAGAGCUGCCGAAUUGCAACCAGCUACAACUGGGCUGACGUUGACCUCUCCCCGUUUCAAGGUCUGAAGGAGAGCAUGCGGCAGGCCGAGCUCAACAACUGGUCGCUGGACGCCGCCCAGAUGGCCGAUCUGUGCUCCUCCAUCAACCAGUUCUUCACGGCCACGGGGGUUAUCCCCCCUCAGGGCGCCACCCACCCACAAGCUCAGGUCCAACACCCGACAACAGCAGGGGCGCCGCAGCACCCGGCUCAGCCGCACGGGGCCAUGCACCCAAAGGCCAGUCAGCACAAUCAGCACGGGCAACACAACCAACAUAGCCAACACAUCAGCACAGGGAACAUGUACAUGGACUCGAGACAGAACAUUUCCUCUCUGAUGGGCCCUCCACCAGGAUACCCCCACAUGCCUCCUAUGAGCAACACGGCCCCGACCAUGACAGGUCAUCACAGCCAGCUGAGCCAGCAGCAGCAACAUGCGCUGCCUCCAGGACACUUUCAGGUGAGACGCAUGCUCGCCGCAGACGACAUCCAGGACGACUUUGACUGGGACUCCAUUGUUUAAAUGGAGAUCGUAAUUUGAACACAGACAAUGAAGGUAGAGAGACAUGAAGACGUCAUGGGAUGACAGGUAAGGUAAGGAACCGACGAAUCUGCUCCUUACAUCAGUGUAACAAAAUAGAAGACAAUCCACCAGAAAUCAAACGGAAAGAUUUAUUUCCCUCUAAUCUUGCUGGCUUUUUUUUCUGGUUCAACUGGUUGAUGACUCUAAAGACAAUCAAUUAAAACAAAUGAGACUUAAAGACGGGAUUGGACCGAACCAAGACGUAAAGGACACAUCAUUCAGAGCAGAAGGACAGCGGAGGCUCUCUGAACCGUCUCAUAUUGUGUGUGUGUCCCAGCGCCAACAGGGUUACAAGUCGCCAAAGUGUUGUCGAAUCGUCUGUGAAUUAUUUGCCCUUCGUUUUCUUACAUCUUUUUGCAUUUCCCGCUGCAACUUCUGUCCCGUGUCGGUAAAAUCCCAGCACCUGUGGCUAAACUGAAAGAAAAAAAAAAACUUUCAUACACACACUGCACUGGUUUUAUGUAUUACAUCCUUUUUCUCUUUGUAUCAUUUCUUUGUUCACUAAUACUGAACGUCUUCAGCUUCUGUCCAAGGAUUUUUUGAAAAAAGAAAAAAGCAGCAGAGCACCACCUCCUGGUCAAUCACAGCCACCAUUUUGCUUCCUCUGCCUCAAAAAUAAUUCUAUGCAUCCCAAUCUGUUUUUAGUUCUGUCACAAUGGACGUUUGGAAGCUUUCCUCACUUUAUUUCAUCAUUUUAAAUGUAAUUUUUGUUUGUGUGUGUGUGGAAGAGUCCAUGGUGCCAUGUUCUCAGGGUGUUGCAUCCGUUAACAUCAUCACAUCUCUGCCGUUAAUAUGUGAGGUUGACUGUCGUACUGUGCUCUCAGCGUUAAGGUCCUGUUGGCGAGCAGCAAGCGUCCUGGUGAGAAGUUUCAAAUUAUCAUAUUUCAGCUUAUAAGCUAAGCAGUGUGAAAUAAUAUGGCCACUGAUCGAAACAGAAAAGAGACUCGGACUUUACUGAGGUAUCAUUCAUAUUUGGGAAACAUGGAUAUCACUUAAGACCAGGCAGAGGAGACCGGCUUUGAUUUCACCACGCCUCAUCUCAGAGAAGAUGAGCAGUUUUUUUGUUGUUUUUUUGCACAACAUGAAGCUCGGCAGCAUCCAGCAAAAGAUGCAAAGCAAAAGAAAAACAUUUUAUUUCUUUGUUUCAAAAGACAUUCAGAAAAAUAAUAGAGCAGCAAAAAAGCAAAGCAAAAGUUUGAGAUAUUCAACUUUUUUUACUGUGAUGUUUACUUUUGUCUUUGUGUACAAGUGUGUAUCGUCCUCUCUGAUUUCCUUUAGCUCCAUACAGCUCAAAAAAUACGCAUAAAGAGACAAAUACUUUACUUGUGAAAUACGGGACCUUGGAGCGCUCUUUGCUUCGGAAGAUCUUAGUGAUUGUUCGAAUGGUCAAAAAUAAGGUCUCGCUAUAGUAAAAAAAAAAAAGGAAAAUACUCUUUAUUAUUGCCAUUAAAUGCUGUAUUACAGUGACCAGCAUAUAUAUCUUGUAUGUUUGUGUGUUGUUGUCCUUGUAAAUAACAGUAUGUUCCCCCUGUUUGCCCUUGAAAAACACAGACAGAUGAAAACAACGAAUGGAGAGAAAGUAUUUUGUUAUCCGUCCUUCAGGGGACAUAUUAUGUACAUACCGUCAGUAUAUUGUAAAUAAGUGGUAAAAAGAGAAAAAACAGAAACAACUUUGGCGUUUUGUGUGUCAUAAAUAAUCUGUGUAUGGCGGUUCAACCGUUAAAAUCUGUUUCAGUGUUUAUUAAAAUGUCAUUGACCAUU